ACAAAAGCAACAAACGGAUGGACCCACAGGCAGCAGACCAUUUGGCACRAAACAAGGACAAGAAGGAAGAAGGACAUAAUGACGUAAGCAAAUUUGAAAAAGAAAAUAUAGUGCAAGUCAAAAUUGAAGGUGAAGACAUGAUUUCUACAAUGGAGCUGAUGAGGAAUAUUGGUCUGGUGUGUGGGGGGCUGCUGGCCUCCGGACUCAUCACGCAGAGGAAAUAUGAAGUGACUGUGAGCAAUUUAACUGCAAAGAAAAGACUGCUGGAUGGAUUUAAAAUAGGUGCGACAAGGGUCCUGGCAAAAGAACUGAUCAAAGAUACGCUGGUUGUCUCCUUCUUGGGACUCCCUGCUUACAUCACGGAUGUGGAGAUCCUGCAAAAGCUCCAUGGCUGGGGUGUCUCGGCGGUGUCAGAGGUCAAGAGGAGAGUGUGGCCUGGGACAAAAAUUGCAGAUGGGACCAGGUUUGUGAAGGUAAAAUUUACAGAUACCGUGCAGUCUCUACCAUACUCUGUUAGGUUUAAUACCGUAAUGGGGCCAGAAUACUUCAGGGUGAUUCAUGAUAAACAGGUCAGGGUUUGCAGAAUAUGUAUCCAGCCAGGGCACAUCCUUAAGGACUGCCCAGAUUUCCUCUGCCAUUCCUGCGGGCAGCAGGGACACUACGCGAGAGAAUGUUCUGGGAAAAGAAAUGAGGAUAAAUGUGCUAUCU